AUGAAACCAGCUAAACUCAUCGGAAAAGCCAGUAUUCCUGUUUCUGCAGUGAUCUCAGCAGAUAGUUCAUCAGGUAUCCACAGGCUCCAGAUUGCUGCCCCUGAAGAUGGCAGAAAGGAAUCACUUGACAAAAAAACUGCUAAAGAUCUAUCUCCCAGAACCAAUAAUCUUACAGACCAUUCCAAUAAACCUCGUCAUCGAUAUCCAAUGGAUAAAAAUGCUGGAGCUAGAUCGAUAACAUUGGCAGACCAUUCAAAGGAGACUCGAUCCACAACUAGAGAGCCCACCAACUCAGGUAAGAGGUCAGGAACCAUGAACCUAAGACAGCAACAGAAGCUGGGAUUCGAGAAGCAAUCUCAUCCAGCAACCGCAUCAUCAGACUCAAACAGAACAAGAAGGAAGCCUGGUAAACAGCCAACAGAAUCGAGUUCUCCGCUUCAAAAACCCAGAGCAAAAUCCCUCAACUUGCAGCCAAGUGAUGAUGAACUGAGCGACAUUAGCGACUUAAGACAUUUCAGUCACCAAGGCGAUGUGGUUUCUCUGGAAUCUGAGAGCAACAUUAGCUUGGCUUCACAGGUUGAUGAUGAAGUCUCAAGCAUUGACAGAUCUCAUAAGAUCAAUAGGACUUUUAUCCAGCAGGCACACUGGAAAAAAAGGAACCUAGUGGAAAGGUCAACCAAGGACACAUCACUUCCAGAACCAAGACCAGCUUCCUCAGAACAACCGAGUCCUGUGUCUGUUCUUGAUGCCACAUUCUAUGGUGAUGAAUCACCAUCUCCCAUUAAGAAGAUAUCAAUUGCCUUUAAAGAUGAUGAUGAAUGGAUUCCUAUGGAAAAUUACUCAUCACACAGUAUGAGCUCCAGUCUCAACUCAAUGAACAAUUAUAGGAAUGAGCAGAAAAUCAAGUCCUUAAUUCAGAAUCUUCAGGAGAUAUUAUCUUCUCAGGACGAAGACAUCAUGGAUGGAGCUACACCUCUCUAUAAUCGCACAAAUCCAGAUCAUCAGUACAUUUCCCAAAUACUUCUAGCAUCAGGUCUCCAUAAAGAUUUUGAAUCUGGUUUAACAACCAUCAACCUCCAUCCAACAGGCAUCCCAAUCAACCCUGAUAUAUUCCAUGCCCUCGAGCAAGCCAAAGCAAGCUCUGGCCACUUCAUUGAUGAUCACAACAGUAAAAAGAAUUCCCAGUUAAAAACUCAAGCCAAAAUCCAAAGAAAACUUCUGUUCGAUGUAGUGAAUGAAAUAUUAGUCAACAAAUUGCUACCAGAAAAUUCUUGCAAACGGUGGCUCUUGUCAAAAAUGCUGGCUGGGAAAAGACAGAUGCAACAGCAGUUAUUGGGAGAAUUGUGCUCAGAUAUAGAUAGGCUGCAAGGUACACAUUGCCUUUUCGAUGAUGAGGACGACAAUUCAAGAAGCAUCCUAUGGGAAGUUUUGAUGCAUCAAUCGAUUCACUGGACCAAUUGCCAUGAUGAAAUUCAAGGAAUAGUUUUGGAUGUGGAACGUUUGAUCUUUAAAGACUUAAUAACAGAGAUCAUAUCCAGUGAGAUGAUUGGUCAACAAGGAAGGUUCGCUGGGCAUCGCAGGCAACUAUUUCUGAAAUAA